AUGUUGAGAGAACAGCAACAGACGCAGCAACACACCAAGAAUCAGCUCGUUAGACUCGUAGCUUUCUUGUGCAUGAGCUAAUGAUGCAACAGCUGAGCAGCAUUACGUUACUUUUCCUACAAUGGGGGACUGUAAAAAGGGCUGUAAUUCAGAUAGAUUAUUUAUCUAAAAUAAUAAUAAAUGUGCACACAAAUUUAUUCCAAACCCACAUUUUAUAACUAGUUGCUGCUACAAAAUCCUCCAUCAAUUCAGGAGAAAGCACACUGGCACCCAUCUAAAAAUGGUCAGAUACCACAUCUUUUACAAGAAGUUUGAAGUUGCCAUUAUUGGUAUAUCAAAGUCCAAAGACAGUAAUAUGUUUUAACUUAUGACAGUCAGUCUUCACACUGCAUAAGGUUAGAUGCCACUCUCUCAACAGAGGUGUGAAAGUUUCAAUCUAAAUUAUUUGUUUCUCUGAACACACAAUGACAUCUACCUGGAAAACCCACCCCCAAAAUCUUAGCACAAUACGUUUCAUAAUACAGUGAACAUGGUCAUGCACUAUUGCACUAUUUGAAAGAGAAAGAGUAGAGAAGUUUGCCUCAGGGUUCUGGUCAGAUUCUCUUCAUCUGCUCUCUACACCUGACUGGCAAGACAAUGUCUUACAUUCCCUACCCACUUAGAUUAUCCAUGUCAGAACUGUAAAAAAAAGUUGACGUACCUGGUAAUAUAACGGCAUACUAUAAAUAUAUAUAUUGAGGGUAGUAGUAAUGACUAAAGUAACACAUAAUACUAUUUUUUAUACAUUUCUUCCCCUCAUUAGUGUUGAAUACAUUUAUUGACCGUAGAUCGAAAGGAGUAAUGAGCAAGAACUAAUCCCAUUGUCGGGCUACGAAAAUAGCUUCAAAAAACAGGGAUGCACGAGUGUCAGGUAAACUAGAACAUAAACUUGAAAUAACAAUUGAAUUUAGGUAACUUCGUGAACGGUGCUUUGAGCGGAUAAUGGUCUGAUUAUUGAACUGAAAUAUAAUUGUUUAAUUCCUCAACUGACCUUCAAUUUGACAGCAUCGUUUCCGAAAGUUAGCCAAUCAUAGAAAGCGCUGUGACGAACUUCCUGCUGACAUGUUUUCCAGUUUACGGAGGUUUAAAGGAAAAGAUAAACAAACUGAACAUGACUUCAAAAGUGAACAGAAGUUCAGUAAGUUAUAUGUCAUAAGAAUGGAGGACAAGCGGUAUUAUAUCUGCCCGCUUUAGCUUAGAAAGUUUUCGUACGUUGCUCAUCAAGUUUUGCUUUUGAUGUGUUUUGUUCAAGGGCGAAGAGAUUUCUGUAGCUUGCUAGCUUGCUAGCUUGCUAAAUAUCAAGCUACUGUAGACCUCUAGGGCUGUGGGUAUUAUCCAGCUUGCUCGGUUGUAAUACAGUUAGGACGCAAAUGUCCGCAAGCUGCAGUCCAUAGUCUUUUUUCGAAUUGACAUCAGGUCUUGCUACUAAAUGUUAAUUCAGUAAGCAAGGACUGCACGCAUUGCUGUGUUUCAAAAGCUAGCCUAAGUAAGUUAUAAGCACAAUUAAAAUGAUGCCUUGACCAAUAAUAGUAAUUAUUUUUCGCAAGGAAUAUCUCAAAAACGCUCUUCCGGUUUUCGCUACUACACAAGAACGGGAAUAACUACAAUUAAAGGGGAUUUAUGGGAUCACAAGUUUCUUCGGUGGCAAUGAGUGUGCGUGCGGGGCAGGGCAGCGACGAGGUGCUGGUGUCACAGGCUGUGUGGGAUUACCUGGCAGCUGCUGGACGACCCUGGCUGCUGGAAUUUCAGGACAAGCAGGGCCUGAGUGCAGGCAUCGUAAGGCGUGGGGAGAGAGGAGGGUGCUGUGCAGUCCGGCUCAGGCCGAUUGAGGGGGGAGCCAGGGCUGGGGGUGCCACAACAGGGGACCCGGUCUCCCCUGCCACCCGAAAAGCCUUCAUUGACCUGUGCCGCUGUGCUCGCAAGGAGAUGAGCAAACAAGAGGGGGCGCCCAAGAGAAAGCGGUCUCUGCUGCCAUGCGUGGGUGUGGUGGAGGCUGACGGAGAGGGGAGCCUGCUACCGGCCCCGCCCCCCCAGCCACGACGCUCCCAGAGGCAGCAGCUGAGAUGCACCAAGCCAGCUGACCUGGGAUCCACCCUGGUCCCACCCUUGGGUCAGGAGACCCCUCCCCUGGGGGAGGGAGAGCUGGGUGCAGCAUCAUUUGCAGAGGGAGAUGACGUUGGCACCAGCUGCUCCAUAUGCAUGGGGGAGAUGGUUGAGAGGACCAUGCUUGACAGGUGCGGCCACGCCUUCUGCCGGUCCUGCCUGGACCGGGCCUUCCAGGUGAAGCGGGCGUGUCCUGUCUGCCGGCUGGUGUAUGGCCAGCUGAUCGGCAACCAGCCCGCCAAUGGCAGCAUGAUGGUGGAGAGAGACCCUGACCUGGAGUUGCCAGGACAUGAGGGCUAUGGCUGCAUCUGCAUCAUAUACAGCUUUCCUCCCGGCAUUCAGGGGCAGGAGCACCCUAAUCCAGGGGUGCGGUACCCAGGGACAGACCGGGUGGCAUACCUGCCGGACAGUCCUGAGGGUAACAGGGUUUUGGGGCUCCUGCGACGGGCCUUCGAGCAGCGCCUCAUCUUCACCAUUGGGACCUCCAUGACUACGGGCAUGCACAACGUCAUCACCUGGAACGACAUCCACCACAAGACCGCUAUUUGGGGCGGCCCACGCUGCUUUGGGUACCCAGACCCUACAUACCUGGUGCGAGUGACGGAGGAGCUCCGGGAGAAGGGGAUAACCACAGAUUGAGGGAGGAGAGGAACCUCCACCAGCCCCUGGCCCCAGCUGCACCACCACCGCACUCCCACCUCCCCAACUGCUGCUGCUGCUGCUCUACAACACGCAGGCCCUGCCUCUCCUCUAGAAGCCUGGACCUAUGACCGCACGCGUGCCAGCGCAAAACACGGGUAAGGAGGGCAGCGCCCUCACCCUGCUCCAGGCUCUUUCAUCUUCAAGAAAAAAACCUAAAAUCAUAAUCCCCCCCCCAUUCUGUGGGAAGCCAGUCUGGGAGGCCAGACUGGAAAUGGACUCUUGGUGUGUUUAUGUUACCAGGACCUUGGAAAGGCCCUGCUCCACUGCACCUUCGCAAGCGCGGCGCAAAGUCAGAUGCGGAUACACGGCAGGCUAAAAGGCUAAACCAUAGAAGAGCUUGAAUGUUAUGUUGGCACGAGAUGUUGAGAGUUCACAAACAAGAUGUUUACUUUCCCUGGGUUUUUUCCCUAUAUAUUUUAUUUAUUUGUGACUUUUUGUGUUACUGAAUAGUUGUAUCUUCUGUCCUUUACGCCUUUUUUAAAUAUUUUUUAUUUUUUACGAAAUCACGUUCCUAUCAUUAAAUGUUGCAAAUUGUUUUCAAUAAUGUUGAAAAUGGCCUCCGAUGGAGGAGAGCAUGGGCUUAACGGAGUGGCACAGCCGCCCACAGUUGUGAUGUCAAAAAAAAAAAAAAAAAAGAAGAUAAUUUAAAUUAAAAAGUUCUUACUUUAGCAGCAUUGCAAUCACAGCACUAACAGGCACUUUUGGUAAUUGUGCAAUGGAUGAAGAUGGUUUUGAGAGGGAGCACAGGUCGCGUGGCUUUCGAUUUGAGUCUGACAGGGUGAUGUGAUUGUGCAUCUUCUGAGCUGCAGGCUCUUAUCAAACUGACCCUAGCAGGCUCAGCCUUUGGCUUUCCCUUUAUUGGAUUCAUGUAGGAGGAACAUUGUUAUUAGAGAGUAUUUUGCAUCUUCCUGCUUCAGCAUAAGAGCCUGCUGCUAAGAAGUCCAGGGAGGAGCAGAGAUUAUCGGUACUGUUCUCCUAUGAUGCCCAGGGAGGAGCAGAGAUUCUCGGUACUGUUCUCCUAUGAUGCCCAGAGAGGGCAGAGAUUCUCGGUACUGUCCCAUUUUUUUUUUGUCUUUGGCUUCCAGAGUUAAGCCAUCAACUGACUGGGUUUAAAAUCUGUACCAUGUAUACUUGUAACAUUGUGCACCACCGAUUUGCUUUUGGUUUUUAUUAUUUUAUUUUCUGUUGUUGUUUUUAUUUGUUUCAUUCAUAUUCCAUGAGCAGAUUUAUAAGAUGAUGUCAAAAAUAUAUAAGGGCACGUUGAUCACUUAAACCAAAUUAAAGGCACAAUAAUCCAUUUCAUAGUUAGUUACCUUUUUUGUUUGUUCAUUUUCUUUUUAACAAGUAAUAAUGCAUUUGAUUUAAUGUCAAUUAAAGUUAUGUAAAAACAGCAAAAAGUUCAGGCUGUUAUUAAAGCAGAUUUUGGCAUUGUUAUAUUCCUCAUUCCUCCACUGGAAUGUUGUCCUUUCAGCAAUUUAUUGUGCCUUUACCUCGUAUACAGUGAAGAACAUCUGAGCAUGUUGUUACAGAAAAAAGGUAACCUAUUUUUUGGUUGAUACUUUGACCCAAUUGGUGCAGUCAGCAGCAUUAAGAUUGUACAUGUAAUCAGGCUUUAACUGAAAUAUAUUCUGCUCUUAGCAUAACUAUGUUAAUGUUUGCAUUGCAGUUAACCCCAGAGUAGCAAACACACAGUUAUCCCUCACAUUUACAGCUAGCUUUGUGUGCAGGUUGAAGAGAAGGAUGCAGGCUCUUAAUUGUUCUUGAAGGGCAUUCUUCUCUGUUGAAUUUUAGCAUUAAAUAGUAAAGGGAAAAUGUGUUAUUAGACUGAGAAGUUGUUUCUUGGUUCCCCCUCCCACAUACAUUAUACUUUUAUAUUUUGAGUUAUGGGACCAAUACAGAUUCUGUCUACAGGAGCCAGGAUAAUAGUUUACACAGGAACAUUCUACAUUCAGCGCAACAGUUUCUAUGCAGUAUCUAAAAAAAGAUAUAAAAUAAGAGUUAUUAAAAAAAGUUGCACAUGAUUGUUAAUUAAAUGGUUCGAUUCUGCUUUUAUAGUUGUGUUGAUUUAUAUUUUUGACAAACUUCUUUAUUAAUAUUAAAUAACUAAAAUAAUGAAAAAAAAAUGUGCUUUACAUUUUCAUACUUGAAUAAAGACUUUCUGUUCUA